GGUACAGUCGCCUCCGUCUCCUUCGCGUGCCACUGCCGCCUCCGCCGUGGCCAAGCACGGCGCCGCCUGGUCGUCCCCAGCCUUGGAACAGGGUGGCAGAGACCUCUCCGCCGCUGCAUGUGCCUUCUCCGGCCGUUGUGAAAAGCCGAGCGUCGCCGCGCCGCUUCCCCUGUUCUCCGCCGUCUCCGCCAUGGCCGGAAUCGUGGUGGAUGGCCGAGCCUUGCCUCGCCGUGAAGAACCGCCGUUCGUGUCGCUGCGCCGCUGCUUCCGCCGCGUCGCCGGAAAAGAUAAGUCUCUCCCCCUUUUUCCCGUAUCUCUCUCUCUUUUUUUUAUUUUUACAGAAGCCCUAACCAUCUCUCUCUCUACCCUCUUCUCUCUCGUUUUGGCAGGACAAGGGCUAGCGGCUGUGCCGCCGCCGCCGUCGCCGACCGUGAGCAGCCCCCGGCUGCUCUCACCUCUUUCCCCAUUUUCGGACAUACACAGAAGGCAAAGACACAAGAACCCCCAAAUUCCAGUCACACGCACAAAAGCAAAAUUAGGGUUUUAUUAAUCUGUUCUUU